AUGAAAUCACAUGAAGAGCAGGGCUCGCAGACUCAGCUCGAGUCCACGGCUCAGCCUAAUUCAGAUAAUUCAGAUAUAGGCCAGUCACCUCCACCACCCCCAGACAAAGGUCUUCAAGCAUGGCUCCAGGUUGCGGGUGUUUUCUUCUGCUGGUUCAAUUCAUGGUCAGGUCACCACAGUCCCAACGGGUUUGAUAUCCUACUAACGCGAAGGAUAUUUAGGGGCCUAUCGAAUGCAUUCGGAGUCUUUCAAACUUACUACGAGCAGGAACUGCCCCAAAGUCCUUCCGUCAUAUCCUGGAUUGGCUCGAUUCAAGCCCUCUUAUUGAUUGGGGUUGGUAUUCUGGCAGGACCGGCAUAUGACGCCGGGUUCUUCACGGAGCUCAUCUGGACUGGAACAGUACUGGUUCCUUUCGGAUUUAUGAUGACAAGUCUGGCCUCGAAAUUUUGGCAGAUUAUUCUCGCCCAAGGGGUAAUCGUUGGUAUUGGCAUGGGCUGUCUGUUCAUUCCGUCGGUCUCCAUAUUGCCACAGUGGUUUUCGCAGAGACGUGUUCUGGCAAAUGCGUUAGCUGCAAGCGGUGCUAGCUUUGGUGGUACCAUAUAUCCGAUUCUCCUGUACCGGCUGUUAAACUAUACGAGCGUAGGGUUUCCAUGGGCUGUUCGAAUAUUGGGUUUCUUUGCACUUGGAACUAGCCUAGUCUCCUGUGCGCUCUUGAAGGUCCGCUCCACGCCACCAAAACGUCGGCUUCUCUUCGACUUUAAAGCUUAUCGGGAGCCCCCAUUUGCACUCUACACGAUCAGCCUUUUUUUUGCUCUUAUCGGAAUUUAUAUCCCUACCUUCUACAUUCAACUGCAUGCUCUCAAAGCACAUUCACCACCUAUGGCAUCUACGAAUAUGGCAGCAUACAUACUUCCGAUCUUGAACGCAGGUGCCAUCCCAGGACGGAUCGUCCCCGGCUUCGUAGCCAACAAGACAGGUGUACUCAAUCUAUUCAGCUUACUUCUCGCUUGGGCUGGUAUUGUAACCUUAUGUUGGCCAGCAGUCACGAACUUGGCGGGCUUAAUCGUCUACGCACUUGUGUAUGGCUUUGCUUUUGGUGGAAUUCUAUCUUUACCGCCUCCCGCUGUGAUGGCUUUGUCGCCGGACCUUGGUGUCGUAGGGACAAGGUUUGGUACGUGUGUAUCUCUGGCUAGCUUUGGCGUAUUGAUAGGGACUCCUAUUGGCGGUGCCAUCUUGCAUAGUAAAAAGACUGACAUUACUGACAACUUUCUCGGCCUACAGCUCUUUGCCGGUCUGGUGCUUCUUAUUGGCGCCGGAGUCUGUCUGCUUGCCAGAUCUAUGAAAGUCGGGUGGGAGCUCAAGGGUAAGAUCUAA